AUGUCGAAAUGGACAGCAGCAGCAGAAAAUGAUCUUCUGGUGAACAUAGUUAACCACGGCGAGUUGGCUUUUAGCAGUCCUCGCUUGCCCCUGGGAAGGGUCAGCAACUGGCCUGUCGUUGAGCUAGCAAUGCGUAACCAGGGUCACAACUUCUCAAAGAACUCUCUCCGAUCUCGUUGGAGUCGCUUUCACACAACCCGCCUUCUACCAGCUUUUGCAACCAUGCAGAACCGCUUUGCUCCUGGCAUGAGCCUUGCUGCCACUGUUGCUUCCCUUGCCGGCCUUCCUAUCCAACCAGUUGCUGCCGCUGGGGCAACUCAGGCCCCCGCACAAGCUCCCGCUCAAGCUCCCGCUCAAGCUCCGAAUCCGGCUCAAGCGCAAAUCUCUGCUGUAGUCACUGCAUCCGUAGCUACUGGCACCGAAGAUUCUAGCGGCGAAGAAUUUGACACGGACAACGACGACGAAGAUUCGACAAUGAACGAGACAGGCACUGACACUGAAUUGGGGGAGAAGGCGGUUGACAUCGAGGACUUGAAUCAGGUAAAGGCUUACUACCGCUCCCUUGACAAGGACGGUCGCGCAAACGAGAUGACGAAACUCAACGACUGCUGUGAUGCCUUGCGCUCUGUUCAAGAAGAGAUGGACGAAGACUCAGAGGAAGAUAUGUGA